ACACAUCUUCAACAUAAGGAAAAGCUUCCUCCUUGGAAGCUAACAUUUGCUAACCUUGGGGAGAGGUUGGCUCCUUCUUGUGGUUAGCAUUUUGAGAAGUAACAGGCUACUCGUCUUGGCCAGCAGAGAUUGUCAGGCACUAAAUGUGUGCCUCCUGUGACCUACAGCUAGCUUUCUAGCUCAGGAGCUCGCUAAAAGAGAGCUUCACAAGCUAGCACGAGCUAACGCUAGCUAACUGACCAGAGCGGAUCCGUAACAUUUAGUUGGCGCUGGGGAGCUACAUUCAUCAAAAAGAGCAGCUGUGAGGGAUGUUAUCAUUGUAUUUACAGCAGGACAGGUUUCAGAGUUGCAGCACAAGAUCCUAGCGUCAACAGGAUCCUAGCAUCCGUGAUGGCUUAAUGAAAGAGGACAAAAACCACGAGAAAGAAAACUUGGAGCUGAUACCAAAAAGAAAGGAGGAGGAGCAAGCCUGUAGAGAGACUCAAGUGAAAUUACAGGCUACAGAUGAAGAUGAAGGCUUCCUUCCCAUGGUUUCCCAUGAAUCUCACCUGGAGUGGGAGGGUGUUGUGAGAAAGGAGAGAGGAGGAAGGAGAGAGGAGGAAGGAACACAAGGGGACUAUAAACAAGAGUCAUGAAUCUCCAUCAGGUCCUCACAGGGGCUGUCAACCCUGGAGACAAUUGUUUCUCUGUAGGGAGCGUCAACAAUGUGCCAUUCACGGCCUAUGCGUCAGGUUGUGACGUGGUGAUUUUGGGCAGUAACUUUGAGCGACUGCAGAUCAUCCCAGGGGCCAAACAUGGCAACAUCCAGGUCGGGUGUGUCGACUGCUCAUCGCAGGGUGGACAGAUUGCAGCUUCCUAUGGAAGCAUUGUGUGCGUCUUUGAGCCUGUUCAGCUCUCAGAUCAAAAAGACACGUCGCUGACUAAGUUGAACUGCCAAUGGCAGAAGACUGGUCAAUUUGUAUUACAGUCGAUGGUACGAAACCUGGCCUGGCACCCUACAGGCAGCACUCUCCUAACAGGCUCUAGCAGCAUCCAGUUGUGGUCUAAUGUUGAUGGAGUGAAAGAUGAAGCUAAGGAAGCAGGAAAGGAGACAGGGAUGACCAUAAGAGACUCUCGUUCGACCUGGAGUUGCAUCUGGCAGAGCAAGACAGCCUCUCCUGUUAGUUUAAUGAAGUUCUCUCCUGAUGGAGAAUUCUUUGCUACUGCUGGGCAGGACGACUGCCUCGUAAAGGUUUGGUACAGCACCAGUAAAUGGAAGUCGAGUGUUUCCAGACUCUUCACACCACCAGAACCCAGUGUCAGUUUCCAGGGAGAGUUGGCCUUUUCCUUUGUCUACCUGGCCCAUCCUCGCUCUGUUGCUGGCUUCACUUGGCGGAAGACCAGCAAAUACAUGCCACGCGGCGCAGUGUGUAAUGUUCUGCUCACCUGCUGUAAGGACAAUGUGUGUCGGCUUUGGGCUGAGACGCUGUUGCCGGGUGACAGUCUCCUGUCGGGUUACCAUAACGACCAUGCUCCUGGCCAACACGGUGAAGCACCCAGAUGUGCUGGCCCUUCUAGGAAAGACACCUGCAAUGGAAAGUCGCAUGGAAGAUCAGCACAGGAAUUAAAUUUCCAAGAAUCACUGCUCGGCAGCUUUUAUCGGGAUGUGCCCCAGCCCUCUCUGACUAGCUCCCUGCCUCACCAUCAGGGCCGACACUACAGCCACAAGAGGAGCAACAGCAGCAUGCCCCAUGCCAACGCUCUCUGCCACUUCCACAUCGCUGCCAGCAUCAACCCUGCCACAGACAUUCCACUGCUGCCCUCUAUCUCCUCUCUGAGUGCUGUGGAUGAUGAGGAACCUGGAGGUCCAUUUACUGUCCACUGGCUCAACAACAAAGAGCUUCACUUCACUUUAGCCAUGGAAGUCUUCCUGCAGCAGCUCCGAGGCAGCCUGGAGCAACAGAAUGAAUGCUCCAAUGAAGAGCCUGAAGACGAGGAUAACUUUGAUGAGGAAGAUAAUAAUAGCAGGCCAAGUGGCUCCCAAGGACCUGAGGCUGUGGAGCUUCCUCUGGCAGCAGUGAAGCACCAGGUGGACGUGCUGUUAGAGGAGUGGAAUAAAGGGGCGGACAUGUUGUUCAGUAUCCAUCCCAUGGACGGCUCGCUGUUAGUCUGGCAUGUUGACUGGUUGGAUGAAUACCAGCCAGGCAUGUUCAGACAAACUCAGGUGUCGUUUGUGUCCCGUAUCCCUGUGGCGUUUCCUACAGGUGAUGCAAUCUCCCUAAGCCACAGUGUGGUUAUGUAUGCCUGCAACAAGAAUGUGGAUCUUGCUAUCCAACAUGGCAGACAGCGGCCGCCUGGGAGCACAUUGCCUCAGACCAAAUCUGCUCUAAUAAGCUAUGGAGGUCAAGGAAAAGCUGCACCCAGCAGUAGUCUUCGACUAAGCAUUUUCACCCCCAACGUCCUUAUGAUCUCCAAACACGCCGAUGGCUCCCUGAACCAGUGGGCGGUCAGCUUUGCAGAGGACUCUGCUUUCUCAGCUGUGCUCAGCGUCUCUCACAAGUCACGGUACUGUGGCCACCGCUUCCACCUAAAUGACUUGGCCUGUCACUCAUUGCUCCCUCUCCUCCUCACCACCUCACACCACAAUGCCCUGAGGACGCCAGAGGCAGACAGCAUCCUGGCUCCUCCAGACGCCUACUCCUCCGGUUUCUCUCAGCCAGCGUCCAUGCCCCGAGGGUCACGGCCUAGCAGGGUGUCCCUGGGUGUGGUUUCCCAGGAUCCCAAUGCGAUCUACAGUGAGCUGAUUUUAUGGAGAGUUGACCCUGUGGGCCCGCUGUCUUUGUCAGGCGGGGUUUCAGAGCUAGCUCGGAUCAAUUCUCUCCAUGCAUCAGCAUUUGCUAAUAUAGCCUGGCUGCCCACGCUCAUUCCAAGCAGCUGUUUAGGUGUAUAUUGUAACUCUCCCAGCGCCUGCUUCGUUGCGAGCGACGGCCACUCACUCAGGCUGUAUCAGGCCGUUAUCGAAGCUAAGAAACUCCUGAGUGAGCUCUCCAAUCCUGAGAUAUCAAAAUUUGUUGGGGAGGUGUUCAACAUCAUCAGCCAGCAAUCCACAGCAAAACCAGGGUGUAUUAUAGAGCUGGAUGCCAUCACUGACUUUCAGGGGAAGGAGACCCAACUCCUGCAUGUUUUUGAGGAGGAUCUGAUCCUUGGCAAAGAGAGAACAGAGUGCGCACAAGAAACCCUGGCUUCUCCUCACACUGCCUCCAGCGAGGCAGCCUUCUCAGCACGGUUUUUCCUUGUGGUGGUCGAAUUGACCCCGACAGGUCGCUCGCUCCUCCACAUGUGGCAUCUCCACCUUGCUGCUCGACCCAUCACCAUGGAAGAAACCACGACAGAGAAGGAUACCACCGCAUCAGCGUCUCCUCUGAACAGCUCUACGUUUAGCUUUGACACGUUCAGUUCUCCGGUGACUCAGAAGAGUAAACCCUGCACUUCCAAUCUGCAGAGUGCCUGUCGCCUCAGCCUCACAACACACAGGCUAUACAGCCAAGAGAUGGCUCUGCCAGAUGGAGUGGAAGCCAUCAGUGUUACACCCUCAGCAGGUCACCUGAGUGCGUCAUGUUCUCUGCCAGCUGAUCGUGUGCCUUACCUCAUUGCUACUUCCUGUUCUGAUGAAAAGGUGCGCUUCUGGAGGUGUAAUGUCAUUGCAACAGAGCCGUUCAGUAUGGACAACUUGGUGUACCAGUGGGAGGAGUGGCCUCUGCUGGUUGAGGAGAGCACUCCCAACAGCAGUGCAGUAAGCGUGCAAGGUCAUCCCAUAGAGGUCAGCUGCUGUCACUCUGGACGCAUUGCAGUUGCCUACAGACAGAUGCCAAACACGCCUCUGAACUCGACACCUUAUCUGAACUCUCACAGACUGUUGACUUCUCCUCCCACCCUGGCUUCCUCGCCUCAUGUGCACUACAACAGCAACACCCACCACCAGACCCCAACCCUGACUGUACAGCGCAGCCCAAAUCUUACCCCAAUCCCCAACCUAGCAAACACUAGAGAGCCAUUGGUCCACAUUGGCAUCUUCCAGUGUGAGUCCACUGGUGGUUCGCAGUGGAUUCUGGAGCAAACCAUAGUCCUGGACAGCACAGAUCCCUCAACAGGAAAUGCCAACAUUCAAAGUGACAUGGACUCCCCUGUACCCAACGAGUACUGUCCUGGUUCUACGGGUAAGAGUCUGGUUCAUUUGGACUGGGUCUCCCAAGAAGGUGGGUCACAUGUUCUGACUGUUGGUAUUGGGACAAAGAUUUAUAUGUACGGCCGUCUCAUUGGGAAACCUCCUGAACUUGGCUUGUCAUCUGAUGCCAGUAGAGACCAGAGCUUGUCUCGCCUUGUUCUUCUGCGAUCAGUCGAUCUGGUCUCAUCUGUCGAAGGCUCACUACCCAUUCCAGUCUCUCUCUCCUGGGUACGAGACGGCAUCUUGGUUGUAGGCAUGGACUGCGAGAUGCACGUCUACUCCCAGUGGCAGCCCCCAGCACCUUCCAAACCCAAUGCUGCGAUUGCCCAAGACACAGACAUCAGCAGCAGUGUCUCCUCCAUAAUCUCAGCCAUCAGACAAAGCCAGGAGGAUGGUCUCAGCGCUGCUGCCCCAACUUCUUCUCUUGCCCCUCCCAAGAGGGCCCUGACAAGAUCGAUGAUGAGUCUGGCUCAGAAGCUCAGUGGGAAGAGGACAGCUUAUGAUCUGCCUGUAGAGAUGGAAGAUUCUGGGCUUUUUGAAGCCGCUCACCAACUCUUUCCCACUCUCCCCCAGUACCAUCCUGUACAGUUACUAGAGCUCAUGGAUCUAGGGAAGGUUCACCGUGCCAAAGCCAUCCUCUCCCAUCUGGUGAAAUGCAUUGCUGGAGAAAUUGUUACACUUAAAGACAACACCACCAAUCCUGAGAAACGCUUGCGCUCGCGGACCAUCAGUGCCGGAGGCAGCACAGCAAGGGACCGGAAGAUAUUUAGCAAAGCAGAGAAAUCCACCACCGACUACACCGAGAUAAGCUCCAUCCCUCCCCUGCCAUUGUACGCUCUUCUGGCAGCGGAUGAGGAUACAUCACCAAAACCUGAUAAAGUGGGCAGUGUGAGUGGGGAUAGUGGGCAUGGCUCCACUCGCGCUGAUGUUUAUGAUGAGCUCUUUCAUACACCCAGCAUUGCGGACCUGGACCCUCUGGACGACGAUCAAGAGGAAACGGGGAACAAGGUUAUUGAUCUUUCGCAGUACAGCCCGACAUAUUUUGGUCCAGAACACGCCCAGGUCCUGUCCAGUCACCUCCUGCAUUCCAGUUUGCCAGGCUUAACCCGUAUGGAGCAAAUGUCUCUCAUGGCGCUGGCCGACACCAUCGCGACCACAAGCACAGAUCUCACGGACAGCCAAGGCAAGAGCAAAGGCGGAGAGACGCUGGAUGAGUGUGGUCUUAAGUUUUUGCUGGCUGUCAGACUUCACACCUUCCUCUCCACCUCCCUGCCUCCAGCACAUCGAGCACAGCUGCUAAGGCAAGGCCUGUCGACAUGUCAUUAUGCCUGGGCCUUCCAUUCUGAGGCUGAGGAGGAGCUGCUGAACAUGCUGCCAGCCCUACAGAAGGGAGAGCCCACCUGGCCUGAGCUGCGCUCCAUGGGCGUCGGCUGGUGGCUGCGCAGCACCAACAAGCUACGCAGGUGUAUUGAGAAGGUUGCCAAGGCUUCUUUACAGAGAAACAAUGAUCCUCUGGAUGCAGCUAUAUUUUACCUUGCACUGAAGAAGAAGGCAGUGGUCUGGGGAUUAUACAGGUCUCAGAAGAAUGCCAAAAUGACAGAGUUUUUCCGCAACAACUUCAGCGAGGACCGGUGGAGGAAAGCAGCACUGAAAAAUGCGUUUUCUCUGUUGGGAAAGCAACGGUUCCAGCAUUCUGCAGCCUUCUUCCUGCUAGCCGGCUCCCUAAAGGACGCUGUGGAGGUGUGUAUAGAGAAAAUGCAGGACCUACAGCUUGCCCUGGUGAUCUCCAGAUUGUAUGAGUCUGAGUUUGAGACAUCGUCCACCUACAAAAAGAUCCUCCAGAGACAUGUUCUGGGACAAGACAAACAGAUUCAUGCCCACCAGGACCCGUUCCUGCGGAGCAUGGCUCACUGGGUCCUGGAGGACUACAGCAGAGCCUUGGACACUCUACUCGAGCAGCCUGCUAACAGCACCAGCUCCAGGUCCACUGAGAGUAAAUGUGACGCGGGUUCCUCCUAUGUGUCCGCAUGCAACCCAGAGGUUUUCAACUUCUACACGUACCUUCGUACCCACCCACUUCUCCUCCGCCGCCAUUUUGGCUCCUCAGACAAGGCUAAAGUUGGACUGACUGCUGAGGGUCGCAGGGCUGACUCCAUCAGCCUAGAGGAGAGGAGACUGUUUUUCACAGCUGCAUAUGCACACCUACAAGCUGGCUGCCCCAUGCUAUCUCUUGAAGUCCUCUCCAAGAUGCCCAAAGUCCGCAAGCAUUCCAAACCUCCCAACCAGGAUGGCAUGGGCAUCGCUGCUGAGCUCAGUGUUGGGAGCAAGACCGGACAAACAUCGGACCCGGAUUGGUCUCAGCCGGCUCUGAACGGCUACGAGUCAGACGGAAACAGCUUAUCCAACAGCCACUCAGAUUCAGUGUUAAGUUUUGACUGGAGCCAGCCGUCACUUCAGCUCCCAGAUGAGCCGUUGGAGCUGAAGUGGGACAGUGAGAAAGAGGAAGAAGAAGACGAUGAGGAAGAAGAAGAAGCUAAAAAUGGUAAGAGAGGUAGAGCUGCAGACAGCAACAGUGUGUUCCAAGACACGCAGGACGCCAUGUCACCGCUAAUGGAGACAGUGACCGGAGAGGACAGUGAGGACUGCAAUGACUUCAUAGCUCCAUCUGAUGACAUCUUGGCUGCCCAGCUAAAGUUUACUGCCUGCUUGAAGAUCAUGACCAAUGAGCUACGGACGCUCUCGACGGGGUAUGAACUGGAUGGAGGGAAGUUGCGUUACCAGCUCUACCAGUGGUUGGAGAGAGAGGUGGUGGCUCUCCAGUGUUGCUGCAGCUACAGGCCCUGCUUGCCAGAGCUGUCUGUCCAGGGUGAUGCCCCUGUUUCUGGGUUGGUGGAGGAGGAACAGCCCGGGAGUCCUCGUGGUGACAGCCAGAGGCGCAGGAGACACUGGCUGCAGAGUAACCAGCCUCUACUGAGGAUGUUUCUGAGCUACUGCAGUUUGCAUGGCUCCCACGGUGGAGGACUGGCCUCUGUGCGCAUGGAGCUCAUUUUGUUGCUUCAAGAGUCUCACCAGGAUGACUCCAUCCUGUCAGCAGUCACACCAUGCUGUCAGCCAGCCUCUAUCCCUCUUCUGAUGGCUUGCACGGCCAACGUAAAGACAGUAGUGGCCAAUCCCAUUGUCUACCUGACCAACCUGGCUCAUGACAUCUUGCAGACCAUCAAUUCACUAGAUUCUCCUCCGCAUCCCGAUGUGGUUAACAAUGAGAUCUAUGUGAUGCACACGUUGGCUGCCUCCCUUUCAGCCAGUAUAUAUCAAUGUCUGUGUGAUGGACACACCCAAAGCCACGUGAACCACUUCACAGGAAUCGUGUAUCAGAGUGUUUUGCUGUCUCAGAAGCACCCGGUCAAAACUGUCAGCAUGGAUGAGUCUGUUCAGCCCAACACGUCGCCUGCACAGUGGCCAGGUAUUGCCUCUUUGAUUCGCAUGCUGAGCUCAGCAGGCGAGGAGAGUCAGCCAGGCCUAGCUGUGCUGCUCUGUGAGAUCCUGACUGCUGUCUUCCUCAGUCUGUUUGUUCACGGCAUGGCCACUCACUCCAGCAACGAGCUGUUUCGCAUCGUGGCCCACCCCCUCAACAGCAAGCUCUGGGUGACGGUGUUCGGAGGGGGCGCCCGGACCCCUGUCAUCGAGAAACCCAACAGCCCGUUAAGAGCAACCCCACCAGCCUCACCAAGCGGCACAGAAAGGAAGUCCAGAAGAUUCAGACUCCUGUCAUCACGCAGUGGAUCAAAGGACGAGUCUGGGUUGGAGCGGGAAGGCCCACUGAGUCCCAAGCAUGGCCCUGUAGUGGAACAAGAAGCUACCUCUGUCUUUAAAGAACGAUUUGUCCCUCCAGAGCUCAGCAUUUGGGAUUACUUUAUCACCAAGCCUUCGCUGCCACCAUCAGAAAAUAGAAAUGAAUACGACUCGGAGGAGAGCCAGGGCAGUGAAGAUGAAGAGGAGGAAGACAGUGAAUAUGAAGAUGUGUUUGAUCCCAGCUCUCCACAAAGAGAGCAUUCGAACCACAAUUCAUACAGUUGGUGUUUGAUGCGUCUGGCAAUGGUUCAGCUGGUGUUGGUCAACCUCAAGUCCUUUUACCCAAUGGCAGGAUAUGAUCUAUUAGAUCUGCCUGUGGGCUCUCCUCUGUGUCACGCUGUGCUGAAGACGCUGCAGCGCUGGGAGCAGGUGCUGCAGAAAAGGCUGGAGAUCUUUGGGGGCCCCCCUUCCAAGUAUAUUGCUACCCCCCUCCAGGAUGAAACAACCGCACCAGGCCCCGCCCUGCUCAGACACAAGGCCCUGUUUGAACCAUCCAACACCCCAUUCAGGACGAGCCACCAUUCAGCGCUGCCAGUGAAGCGUCUGUGGCAGUUUCUGGUCAAGCAGGAAGAAGUGCAAGAGACUUUCAUUAGGAAUAUCUUCACCAAGAAACGGGACCCAAAUGAGUCGGGUGAGGACCAGCCUGACAAUAUGAAAUGUUCAGGGAUGGAGGAGACAGGAAACAAUCAGACUGAGUCAGAUCUGGGCUCCCCCGGCGGAAAAGCACGCAUCAUCCACAAGGAAUCUGACAUCAUCACAGCCUUUGCCAUCAACAAGGCAAAUCGUAAUUGUUUAGUCAUGGCCUCCACCCAUGACAUUCAGGAGUUAGAUGUGUCAUCCAUCUUGGCCACACAGAUCUUGACAUGGAUCGAUGACGAUGACGCUGAAGCCAAAGGUGUUGGUGAUGACUUCCUGGUGGUCCACACACGCGAUGACUUUGCCGCCCUCCAUGGCACCACACCGUACACUCACAGUAGCCCCGGUACACCCAUCAACAUGCCGUGGCUGGGAGGAGUGCAGACAGGCCGGGGUGCAGCUGUGAUGAUCAAGAGAAAUAUCAACAAUGUAAGAAGGAUGACCUCCCAUCCCACACUGCCUUACUACCUGACGGGAGCUCAGGAUGGUAGCGUCAGGAUGUUUGAGUGGGGUCACUCCCAGCAGAUCAUCUGCUUCAGAAGUCCAGGCAACUCCAGAGUCACCAGAAUACGAUUCAAUCACCAGGGAAACAAGUUCGGUAUCGUCGAUGCUGACGGAGGUUUGAGUCUCUGGCAGACCAACACAAGUGGGAAUGCACCCAAACCAUACCUGCAGACGUUGCAGUGCCACAACAAGACAGCUCACGACUUUGUCUUUGUGGGCUCCUCCUCCCUCAUUGCCACUGCAGGUCUUUCAACAGACAACAGGAACGUGUGUCUGUGGGACACUCUGGUGACUCCUGCGAACAGCUUGGUACAUGCUUUCUGCUGCCACGACUCUGGAGCCACCGUGCUCGCAAUGGCUCCCAGGCAGCAGCUGCUUGUCACAGGUGGGAGGAAGGGCUGGAUCAGCGUCCUGGAGCUCGCCCACAGGCACCAGCGUCAGAGCUUCCAGGCCCACGACUCGCCGGUCAAAGCACUGGCUGUCGAUCCGACCGAGGACUGCUUUAUCAGCGGAUCAGCUGAGGGCAACAUUAAGAUCUGGAGCCUGGCCACACAGUGUCCGCUCUACACCUUCCCAAACGAACAUGCUCGCCAGUCGCUGUUCAGGAACCUCGGGACGGGUGUCAUGCAGAUCGAGGUGGGACCGGCCAAUCACAUCUUCUCCUGUGGCGCCGACGGAACCAUGAAGAUGAGGAUCCUCCCCAACCGCUUCAGUGUGGUCAACAACAACAACAACCACGGCAACCUCAAGAACGAUGUCAAGUUCAUCAUAUAGACAAAUACGGAAAAUAAAAAUAAGGUGUUGAAGCAGUUUAACUGAAAAAUGUGAAGUUGCCAGCACUACUGCUGUGGGAACACAUGACAGGAACAGUGACCGUCGUGGGUUCACUUCGGAGGAACGAUGCCGUGAUAGAACAAUGACGCCAAGUGUUAUCAACCAGUGUAAAUGAAGAAUGACUUUCACGACAAAAGGUUGAAUAAUCAUAGGAUUUACAGACUUUCACAGAGUGAGAUCCAGCGAGUCGUCUGAUCCAGUGGCCCAAGAGUGAAAGGAUCACAUCUGCUGCUUUUUACGCGGGACAUGAACCCGAGCUGACCAACCACAGAAGCCUCUACCAGUGUUAUGACCUGUAGAGGAAGUGGGCACAGGGUAACAACCGAGGCCACGGAGUGAGAGACAGAAACCCAGCUUCAUAUUCUCUUAAACAAACUGCCAUCUCAGCGAGGACUGACGUGAAGAGCCUUUUUUUGCACAGAAAGUGAAGCUGUAGAAGGAGCUGUGAAGAGUCUAGAGCUGCAGCGUUGUUCUUCGUAUACAGUAUCACCAUAUCUAUUAGUUUAUAUUAGUGAAGCAGUCAUGAUAGUGGAAGCUGGAAUCACUGCUCGAGUGUUCAGGUGUUAAAGUACAGUAGACUGUGUCUGCGAUAUAUCAUAGAGGGACAGUAAGCGAUCCCUUUAGGGGUUCGAACGUCACCACAAGACUGCACGGCACUGUUGAACCCGCUCAGCACAAUGCAGUAAGGCCAGUGGACAUCGUACAAAGCACAUUAUAUCCAGUCUCAAGGAUUCACGGCGCAUUCUGGUGCUCCAUGUAUAUUUUUAGCUGCGGCCAGAAGCUCUGUAGACUGAAUCACAAUGUUUGUUUACAGUAACUUCUGGGUGGAAAACCCCCACAUCAUGUACAUAAAAUCAAACGGCGCUGAGCAAACGCUGCCUCAGUUGGUUCCUUUUUAGCCACCUAAAAAAAAUCAGUAUCAGUGUGAGUGGACAUUAUAUUUAAAAUAUUUUCUUGGCUUUACCUUGUUGUCAGACGGCUCUUUAAGACGAGGAACUGAGGCCGUUAUCUCAGAGCCACCAGGCUCCUUUGACCAAAAUGGUGAUUUAAAUUCAGCGAACAUAGGAGUUACUGGUCUGCUGCCUUGAUAGGUUCAAGGUGUGAGGUAAAGCAAAGAAAAUAUUCCAAAUACAGCAGUACACAGAUAUUUAUUUUUUAAGGUGGGAUUUUUUUUUUUUUGUUUUAGGUUUGUUUGGUUUAUCAAAGACACUACUAAAGCUACAAAGUGCAUAAAAUAAGCACAGAAAAAACAUCAGAGAGGUCGAACCACAGUGUUAAAAGAUAUAUCUUGAUACGAUAUCUCUGAAAUUGAAGACAGAAAUAAACACGUUUGCUGAUUUCACAUAGCUCCGCAAUAGAAAUCAAUUGUCAGCUGUUUCGUUUUAGCAUGACAUCAUGGUGAUUCAGUCUACAGCUCGCUCUCCACAACAGUGUCUCCGCCCUUUGGUGGCCACAGUUUUUCCCCUAGGAGAUUGAAAUUUGGCGUGAAACCAGCCAAGGUGUUAGGAAAAUCAGUCGAUCAGGUGUUUGUCACGAAUGAACCACACUUUAGGAAUUACAGGAUGUCAAUUUUCUGUCGCUAUUAUCAUUUCACAUUUUGAUUUUUGCUAGUUGACUGACGCCUCUUUUUCCCACCUGACUUGAAAUGAACACAGUAAACUAAUUUUUUUUAAAGAUGGAGAUAAUAAACGUGUCAUAUCUCUUAAAUUUAAGGCAACAGUUUGACAUUUUGGGAAACAGUAGAUGAGACGAUUGACAGCAUUCUCAUGUGUCUCCCCUAAAUGUAAGGCUACAGCCAGCAGGUGGUUAGCACGCAGACUGGGGGUGGUCUUUAAGCUAAGAUAGCCAUUUUAGCUCAGAGAGUCAUAUUUGUGUGGAUUAAACCAAUUUACUAAAUUUUAGAGGUGCUGGGUCAAGAGGAAAAUUUUGGUACCAUUGUUCUCAUGUUUCCUUGUUUCCAAUCUAAGCUAAGCUAACCAGCUGCUUGCUUCAUAUUUACUGGGCACACACGAGAAUGGUGUGAACUUCUCAUCUAGCAUCAACUCCCUCCCAAAAUGCAGACAUAUUCCUUCAAUGAAAACUUUUGACUUGAGUUUACGUGUGUGCCACUACCCAGUGUUUUCUUGUUUUCCAUGGACUACCUGAAUGCGCCACUUGUCUCACUCUAUUUGCACAUAAACAUGAAGCUAAAUUAUAUGUAGUGUGAUGCAUAUAACUAUAGGAGGCUAAAGCAGCCCGAGCCUUGGGUAAUAAGGUAAUACGAUGUUGUUAAUCCCGGCCUAGAUUAAACCAGUGGUAUUAUUAUUACUAUAAUUAUUAUUAUUAAGUGUCCUUAAUCUCUGAAAACUACUCGUACCAUGCUGGCACAGUACUGCGGUACUGGAUGUUGAUUACAAUUGAUACUGAGUUGCACAAAGUAGCUUUAAUUUAACAAGGCCCUCGUUGAUAUGGGACACCGUGAUUAAUACCUUUUCUGGUUUAGUUUCUCUUGAAAUAUUAAGCUUAAGAAGAUGUAGCAGGAAACUUUGCUGUUGACAUUGGAAAGGGGGCGGGGCAGUGAAACAAGUUUUAAUUGAUUUUGUUGUGGAAAUGUUUUAUUCCAGUAACAAUGCACUUCCCUUUCAUCGACUCCAAACUUCCAUACGGACCAUGAUUGAGAACUGCCUUGGACAGAAUAUUGUUUGCCUUGUGGUAAUCUUCUUUUUAUUAGCAGUCUUGCUUCUUUUUUUUUUUUUUUUUUUACAGGAAUUAACUUUAUUUUUAAUCAUUUACUUGCUUUAUAUCUCAUCCAAAUGCAGCACAUUGCCUUCAGUUGAUGCUUGGAAAAUGUAAUCUAGGUUGGAGUGUAAUAUCAUCUUCCACAUAAUUAAGGAAGAGGUUGAUGCAAACUGUCCUGCAGCUGUUUAGUCUGAAGGAAUAUAACCCAUGAAGCUAUCUACCCACAGAACCUUGUUGUGCUGCUGUAGGGAAACAAAAUGUACAUGAGCUUUGAUUUCAGGGAGGACAAACUGAGGAAAAAACCUUUAAGAUGAAGCAGAUUUAUUGCAGUUCUGUAUAUACAUAGAUCUAUACACUAGGCUUCUCAUGAUGACUGCGUAAUCAUAGUCUUAGAUAUGACAAAGGCCACUUUAUGAAGAAUAUCAUUCUGUACAAAUACAAGUAUAUUUAUGAAACAUGUUCAUAUUUAGGAUUAUAGACAGUGAUCAAAAGGUAGAUGUAUUGUUGUUUCCUGCUUUGUUUGCCUCUUACUGUGGGCUCACCGUUUUCUUUCUUUUCUUCUCAUUAUUUCCUGACGUGGGCUCCAACAACCACACUGCUAUUUUUGUUUUUCCCACAAAUCAAAGUGGUUGGAAAAUCAUGUGUAUUUCUGCAGCAACUGGAGAAUAAAAUACUUUUUAUCAAAGCCAAACUAUAUGUACUCCUACAGAAACUGGAGAAUAAAAUAUAUUUUAUCAAAGCAAGUGCUUUCUCGCCCCCCCCCUCAGAUACUCGCAACACGAAGAGAUCAGUUUGUGUCAGGGUGCACGAGCACAUGAAACAAACUCGCUCAGCUAAAUCAAGUAUCACAUUCAGCUCUGACUCAUUUCUUUUUUUUUCCUCCCUCCUCAAUCUUGCAAAUGUGAAUUUAAUCAGAUAAUUCUAAUUUUAUAAUAAAGAUGUCGUGUAAAUCAAUGUAAAAUAUACAGAAAAUGUAUCAAUGUAAUAAAAAAAAUAUGUAACAAGA